AUGGCCUCCAGCUCGGCGAAGGGGAAAGCGGCAGUUAAGGAAAUUCCGUAUGAACUUCCAUGGGUAGAGAAAUAUCGACCGCAGAUUUUGGACGAUGUUGUAGGAAACACGGAAACUGUAGAACGGCUCAAAGUGAUUGCGAAGGACGGAAAUUGUCCCCAUAUCAUAAUAUCUGGUCUACCAGGUAUCGGGAAGACGACGAGUAUACAUUGCCUGGCGCAUCAACUACUUGGCGACGCAUACAAAGAGGGUGUAUUGGAGUUGAACGCUUCAGACGAACGAGGUAUAGAUGUUGUCCGCAAUAAAAUCAAAGCAUUUGCCCAGAAGAAGGUGACCCUACCGCCAGGCCGCCAUAAAAUCAUUAUACUAGAUGAAGCAGAUAGCAUGACAUCAGGAGCCCAGCAAGCUCUCCGAAGAACGAUGGAGAUAUACUCCAACACAACGCGCUUCUGUCUAGCAUGCAAUAUGAGCAACAAAAUCAUCGAACCGAUACAGAGUCGUUGCGCUAUCCUGCGGUAUGCCAAACUUAGAGAUCAGGAGAUUCUGAAACGGCUGCUCGAAAUAUGCGAAAUGGAGAAGGUCGAAUACAACGAUGAUGGCUUGACGGCACUCAUAUUUACAUCAGAAGGCGACAUGCGGCAAGCUAUCAAUAAUUUACAAUCUACCCACUCGGGUUUCGGGUUCAUCUCAGCAGACAAUGUCUUCAAAGUCUGCGAUCAACCGCACCCAAUCAUCGUCCAGGCAAUCAUCCGCGCCUGCCUCAAAAGCGAUAUCAACGGUGCCAUGGAGAAGCUCAACGAACUCUGGGACCAGGGCUACAGCGCUGCAGACAUCGUGACAACGAUAUUCCGUGUGGUGAAGACUUUCGACGAAAUGCCUGAAUAUACAAAACUUGAAUAUAUCAAAGAGAUUGGCUUCACCCAUAUGCGGGUACUCGAAGGCGUAGGCACCAUCAUCCAGCUGGCCGGUUUGGUCGCCCGUCUCUGUAAAAUGAAUAUGAACCCCGCCUUGUUCAAAUUGUAG